AUGUUUAUUCCUAAAGGCUUUGUUUCAUUAGGGUCAGCUGAUAAAUCUAUCAUAAAGUGGCAGAAAGGAAGGCGCAUUCAAACAAUGAGUGGACAUACCGAUUGUGUCAGAGCUUUGGCUUUUCUUCCAAACACAGGCUUUGCAUCUUGCGGAAAUGAUAGCACGAUUCGCAUAUGGUCUCUCGAGGGACAAUGUGUUAGAGAGUUGAAUGGGCACACUUCAUUUGUGUAUUCACUUGACGUUUUACCCACCGGUGAGAUCAUAUCGAGCGGCGAAGAUCGAUCCGUGAGAGUCUGGAGAUCUGGUGAAUGCACACAAACAAUAUUACAUCCCGCAACAUCGGUCUGGUGUGUCGGCGCAAUGCCAAAUGGUGAUAUUGUAAGUGGUUCAAGUGAUGGUUUGAUCCGAGUUUUUACGAGGGACUCGGAACGCGUUGCUGAACAAAUGGUUUUGAAGGAAUUUGAAAAUCAAGUUUCCAGUCACGCAAUUCCAGCCAAUCAAAUUGGAGAUCUGAAAAAGGACCAACUUCCGGGGCCAGAAGCAUUGGAUGUUCCAGGCAAGAAGGAGGGACAGGUGAUUAUGAUUCGCGUUCGCGACACCGUUGAAGCACAUCAGUGGAGUCAAAAUGACAGCUCGUGGCAUAAGGUCGGUGAGGUUGUCGAUGCUGUUGGUCAAGGAAGAAAGCAAUUAUAUAAUGGAAAAGAGUAUGAUUACGUAUUUGAUGUGGAUAUUGGAGAUGGUGUCCCUCCUCUGAAAUUACCAUAUAAUGCCACUGAUAAUCCAUAUCAUGCGGCUCAGGAAUUUAUACGGAUUAAUGAGCUCCCACCAAGUUAUUUGGAUCAAAUCGUCGAUUUCAUUACAAAAAAUUCACAGGGCGUAUCUCUGGGCGCAGAAUCACAAUUUUUUGAUCCAUUUACUGGAUCUUCUAGAUAUACUCCUGGUGGCUCCACGAAUAACCCCCGUAGUUAUUCGUCGCCUUCAACCGUUCCCGCGAAUAACAAUGCUAUGACUGGCAUCGAUCCUUGGACGCGUCCGUCUCCAUCACAGAGCACAUCGGCGUCCCCUAAAAUUAUUCCACAGCGAACCUAUCUCACAUUCCGUCAAGCAAACUAUCAAGCCAUACUAAAUAAAAUAAAUCAACUUAAUAAAGAAUUACAAGGGAGCGAUCCGGCAAAUGAUAACGUAUUAACGAGCAAGGAGUUAAUUGCCUUGGAACAUUUGAUCAAAUUUCUGCAGAAUCAAAGGUCAAGCUCAACUGCAGAGCUUCAAUCAGAGUUUACUGUCGUUCACAAGAUAGUUGGUUGUUGGCCAUCUGCCAGUCGUUUCCCUGGAAUUGACUUAUUACGCCUCCUCAUUUUAUAUUCUCCAAUUCCUGCACAAUAUGACCUUGACGGGGAUAUUAUUAACCUUUUGAUUAGCUCUUCAAAUAUAAAUUCUUGGGUGGAAGGUACUCCUCCUACCAAGGAACAAGAAACAAACACGAUGCUAGGUUUACGAGCGUUAGCUAAUUUAUUUGAUACCAAAGAGGGAAGGGAGGUCUUAAGGCGUAAAGCUGAAACGAUUAUUGAAUUGAUUUCUCCAAUAUUGAAGCUGUCCACAAAUAAAAAUCUCCGUGUAGCUUUGGUGACGGUGUUUCUCAACUUUUCUGUUGAAUUUCAAACCAACCCAAAUGAUGACGCGAUUCUUCAGAUAAUUGCAAUUUUUGCCGAGACUCUGGGAUCUGAGGCUGAUUCUGAGGUCUUAUAUAGAUCUAUUGUGACUCUGGGCACUGUGGUAAGCUAUAAUCAGGCUGCCAAGGAAGCAGCUGACGUGUUCAAUGUGCAAAAUUCCGUGAAGCUUGCAUCCACAAGAAUAGCGGAAGCAAGAAUCAACCAGGUCGUCGGUGAGUUCUUUACGACUAACUCUUGA